AUGUCGGAACAGUACACGGCCGCCGAGGUGGGCAAGCACAAGAGCGCUGCCGACGGCUUCUGGCUCAUCGUUGAGAGCGACGUCUACGACGUAACGAAGUUUAUGGACGAGCACCCCGGCGGCGCAAAGAUCAUCAAGCGCUGGUCCGGAAAGGACGCCACCAAACCCUUCUGGAAGUACCACAACGAAGACGUCCUCAAGAAGUACGGCGCCGGUCUCAAGAUUGGCAGCGUGCCCGAGAAGGCCAAGCUAUAG